AUGUCUCUUUUCUGCAACCAUCGCCAAUUCCAGCUCGCAAGAGACAUUGACCGCGAAUACCAGCGUCCAGCAACAGAAGAGCCUCGUCUCGUCUCGUCCCCGAUAAUGCCAUUUCCAUUCGUCCUACCGACCACCUCGGCCUUUUCCUUCUCCUCGUCCGUUAGCUGUGACUCUCACCCAUCGCUGCCCCUCAGCGCGAGCACUUAUCGCGGGGUUGUCAGAGACGCGCUCAAGAAGCACAAGAGACUCCCUCCCUCGUCUCAAACGGCAAAUCUGAGCACCGUCAUCUCCAGUUUAGAGCAAUAUCUCCCGUAUCUCAUCGCCGUUGACGCCGGCUUGAGUAAUCAACCGGUUAGCAAUGAGACGGUCAACACAGUGUUGGAGUCGACUCCCUCCAUCUCAUGGAGACCAACGCUUUCUGGCGACCUUGUGCCUGGGCGUGAACGUCCCCGGGUGAACAUUAACUCAUUGGAAUAUGAGAUUUACUUUGCGCUGUCCACUUUGGGCUUCUCUCAUGUCCUCAUGGCAAGGGCCGCGCUGCAGCCUCUUUAUUCCACAACUCAGGAUUUCCAGGGGACUCAAGAGCGGACAACCAUCAUGACAACGGCCACGAAAUACCUGCUGGAGGCCGCUUCCAUAUACGACUAUGCCGCCACAAGAAGUGAGCAGGUGAUUGGCAACCCGCCUUGCGUUGAUAUUUCACCAGCUACGCUCCGUGCUCUCGCUUCCCUCUGCCACGCCGAGGCAACGCUGUUAGCUGUGCUAAAGGACGACCCUUACCCAGCAGCCGUGGCACAGGAUAGGAAUAAAAACGACAAAGAGUGGAUGUUCAAGGCCCCCGACAUCCCCAAAGUUCGAGCCCAUCUCUAUGCUCGUCUAUGCCUCGCCGCAUCUGAGCAUGCUGCCAAAGCCUCGGCAUUAUGCCAAUCAGCCAGGGCAGGACCAAGUGGCGUUAGCUCUGGAUUCUUGCGAUACUUGGAAGAUUUACGGCGGACUAGCCGAGCAAAAGCCUGUCGAUUCUUCGGAAUCGAUGCCGAGCUGGGUGGUGAGACGGCAGAAGGGAUUGCCUGGGCACGUGCUGGUUUGCACGAACUCGGCAUCGAGGUCAAGGAUGCAAAGAAGGGGCUGAGCCUGAGUCGUACGAUGAAGGGGCUCCAUGAGAAGAGAGAAGACCGUCGAGUUGACAAAGAAACUACCUGGGGAGCUGAUGCUGGCAAGCUGGAAGAGACAAGGAUCCUCGAGUUGCUAGAUGCAAAGUGGAGCAAGAUCAAUGAUACGAUGAACACGCGGCCAAUUCCGCCCAUAAACGCUUUAAUAAACAAGAUGCCCUCGGGCCGUGAGAUUCACACCAUCAAACCAUAUCAGCUCCCUACGCUAGAUCGAGAUGUGCUGGAGGCUAUGCGAGCGCCCCCUGAACACGGCGAAAAUGUUGGAGGAGAGUUUAGUUCUGAUGAUGAGACUCUGUCCCACCACCAGGCAUCCUCGUCUUCGUUGGGAAUCCAGGGAAGUGGGUUUUCUGGCGUCGAGCCUAUUUCCAUUUGGACGUCUGCCACGUCUUCCACUUCUGUCACCGGCUCUGCUGGGAUUGGAUCUUCUGAUAUUGGUGACUCUGAGGCUGGAUCUUCCGACUCUGGAUCUUCCGACUCUGGAUCUUCCGACUCUGGAGUUUCCGAAGCUGGAGUCACUGAACUUGGACUCUCCACGGUUGGAGUGACUGAAGUCGAACUCUCCACGGCUGGAGUGACCAAGGUCGGGUCCUCACUAGUUGUUGUCACUGAGACUGGAGUGAUUGAAUUUGGACUCUCCACAGCUGGAGUCACUGAACUUGGAUUCUCCACGACCGGAGUCACUAAUAUCGGAUCCUCACCAGUUGGUGUCGCUGGAACUGGGCUCACCACGACUGGACUCUGUGGAAUUGGACUCUCCAAGUCAGGAGUGACUGAAACCGGAUUCUCACCAGUCGGUGUCGCUGGGAUCGGGCUCACCACAACCGGACCCUGCAGAAUUGGAUCCAAGUCGAGAGGCGGGCAGGGAAGAGGCGUAGGAGCAGUGUCGACACAAGGAUCGUAG